GCGCCCCUCGGGCCGCCGCCGCUCCUGCCUGGGCCCCUGCUGCUGCUGCUGCUGUCGCCUGCGCCUGCUGCCUCAACUCGGCGCCCGAGUUCUUCAUGGUGUGCGGAGGUCAUGUUCGCUCCUUAGCCGGCAAACGACUUUUCUCCUCGCCUCCUCGCCCCGCAUGUUCAGGACCAAACGAUCUGCGCUCGUCCGGCGUCUCUGGAGGAGCCGUGCGCCCGGCGGCGAGGACGGGGAGGAGGGUGCGGGCGGAGGCGAGCUGCGGGGAGAAGGGGCGACGGACGGCCGGGCGCAUGGGGCCGGUGGCGGCGGCGCGGGCAGGGCUGGCUGCUGCCUGGGCAAGGCGGUCCGAGGUGCCAAAGGUCACCACCACCCCCACCCGCCGGCCGCGGGCGUCGGCGCGGCCGGGGGCGCCGAGGCGGAUCUGAAGGCGCUCACGCACUCGGUGCUCAAGAAACUGAAGGAGCGGCAGCUGGAGCUGCUGCUCCAGGCCGUGGAGUCCCGGGGCGGGACGCGCACCGCGUGCCUCCUGCUGCCCGGCCGCCUGGACUGCAGGCCGGGCCCGGGGGCGCCCGCCAGCGCGCAGCCCGCGCAGCCGCCCUCGUCCUACUCGCUGCCCCUUCUGCUGUGCAAAGUGUUCAGGUGGCCGGAUCUCAGGCAUUCCUCGGAAGUCAAGAGGCUGUGUUGCUGUGAAUCUUACGGGAAGAUCAACCCCGAACUGGUGUGCUGCAACCCCCAUCACCUUAGCCGACUCUGCGAACUAGAGUCUCCCCCUCCUCCUUACUCCAGAUACCCGAUGGAUUUUCUCAAACCAACUGCAGAUUGUCCAGAUGCUGUGCCUUCCUCCGCUGAAACAGGGGGAACGAAUUAUCUGGCCCCUGGGGGGCUUUCAGAUUCCCAACUUCUUCUGGAGCCUGGGGAUCGGUCACACUGGUGCGUGGUGGCAUACUGGGAGGAGAAGACGCGAGUGGGGAGGCUCUACUGUGUCCAGGAGCCUUCACUGGACAUCUUCUAUGAUCUACCUCAGGGGAACGGCUUCUGCCUCGGACAGCUCAAUUCGGACAACAAGAGUCAGCUGGUGCAAAAAGUGCGGAGCAAAAUCGGCUGUGGCAUCCAGCUGACGCGGGAGGUGGACGGCGUGUGGGUGUACAACCGCAGCAGCUACCCCAUCUUCAUAAAGUCCGCCACACUGGACAACCCGGACUCCAGGACGCUGCUGGUGCACAAGGUGUUCCCCGGCUUCUCCAUCAAGGCUUUCGACUACGAGAAGGCGUACAGCCUGCAGCGGCCCAACGACCACGAGUUCAUGCAGCAGCCGUGGACUGGCUUCACCGUGCAGAUCAGCUUCGUGAAGGGCUGGGGCCAGUGCUACACCCGCCAGUUCAUCAGCAGUUGCCCGUGCUGGCUGGAGGUGAUCUUCAACAGCCGGUAGCCGCGUGGGGACAGGACAGAGCAUGAGCCGAGCAGGCCAGCGUUCAAACUACUUUGCUGCUAAGGUUUCCCUCCCGAAUGCUUGCUUUUCAUGCAGACUCUUUGGUCGUGUUUUUUGUUGUUGUUGUUUGUUCCUGUUUUCUACUCGUCCUUCUUCUUGUUUGUGUUCCGUUUUGUUCUUUGGGAAAUAGCUUAUGAAAAGAAUUGUUGGGAUUUUUUUUUUUUUUUUUGGAGCAGGGGUGGGGGUGGGGAGGCCUAUGGUUGGUGCGAUACCCCGGAUAAAGAAAGGGGGAAGUAGUGUGUGGACCGGGGAGCAGCCCCUCACUUCUCUCCAGGCAUCAUUUCACCUCGUGAGUGAGCGUGUGUGUGAGUGGCCGAGGCGGGGAACGCCACACUCUCUGCUCUGUGUUUCUGACGGAUGUCCCCGCCGACAGGUUUGUGGCACCAGCUGUGUCCCUCUUGCCCUUCGGACGCGCUCCGUGGGGCAGAGGCAGUACCUGGGCGAACUGGUGGCUGAUGUCCCAGUGGCUGCCAGAAGCACAGCUCUGCCGCCUGCCCCCCAGAAGCCCCCUGCCCUGCUCUCCCCACCUUUCUAGGACACAGGCCUGUCCACAGGCUUCUGAGAAGCCAGCCUCCUUGAGGCUGAACCGGAACCAACCCUCUCCAUCCUUGCCUUACUCUGCCACCGCCCCGCCCCGGCCCGGCCGCCCGUCCUGGUGUCUUUGUUCCUUGGCCACUGCUCCUGGAUCUCCCUGGGAUGGGCAGCCCCGUCACAGUAUUGCACCUCGCCCCUCUGGUGCCCUGUCCCCCACCCCACUCCAUCAGAUGUUUCCUGGACGUGAGAGCAGCUGUGCACUUUGCUCGCCCUGCAGCCUGUGCGUCGAGCUGUGCCGUGAGGCCCGCGCCCGCUGCCCCCUUCCCACCAAGCAGGGUCUGGUCUACACCCAAGGUACCAUCCUAGGCUGACACCUGCCUCGUCUUUCGUUUCUUCUGCAACUCAUACGCUCGUAUGAUCAUUUGACACUGUUCUUAGCUCAAUGAGCAUGUUUAGACUUUAACAUAAGCUAUUUUUCUAACUACAAAGGUUAAAAUGAACAAGAGAAGCAUUCUCAUUGGAAAUUUAGCAUUGUAGUGCUUUGAGAGAAAGGACUCCUGAAAAAAGAACCUGAGAUUUAUUAAAGAAAAAAAUGUAUUUUAUGUUAUAUAUAAAUAUAUUAUUACUUGUAAAUAUAAAGACGUUUUAUAAGCAUCAUUAUUUAUGUAUUGUGCAAUGUGUAUAAACAAGAAAAAUAAAGAAAAGAUGCACUUUGCUUUAAUAUAAAUGCAAAUAACAAAUGCCAAAUUAAAAAAAGGAAACACGAGAUGGGUGUUUUUUCUAUGGGUGUUAUCACCUAGCUGAAUGUUUUUCUAAAGGAGUUUAUGUUCCAUUAAAGCAAUUUUUAAAAUGUA